CUCAAAUCAGGCAGUUGAGGAUGAGAGUGUCACUAUAUAAGCCCUGUGCUUGCCGGAUACAUGGAAAGGCGGUUCGAUCUCUUCGAAUCUUUCCUCACUGUCGUCGUCGUCGUCGUCGUCAAAGAGGUGCAAACCAUAGUCGUAUCCAUGGAAAGGCACCGCGGAGACCGCUUCGACGACCGUCCUGGGGACCACUUCGGCGAUGGCAGCGGUCGGCGGGUGUCUUCUCGCUGGUCCUCCGACAGCACCACCGAACGGCAACCGCGCUACCUUAGGGGCGGCCAUGGAGGCAGGGGCGAAGAUGUAUUCGGAGGAAAUAGUAGCUCUGGAGGCCGAUUCCACCCCUACCGUGCGCCGCAGGACUUCCCGCCGCUGCCUCCCACUUCCGGCUUCCGUGACGGAGAUGCUGGGGAGUUCGGCCCGUCGCCGCCCGUGGGUGGCCCCAGGCGCGGGUUCUACGGUCGAGGAAGUUCUCCAGAACGUGCUGGUGGAAAUAAAAUUGCAAAGCUUUUUAUUGGAGCAGUUCCAAGGACAGCAACUGAAUUAGAUAUUCGCCCCUUGUUUGAGGAGCACGGAGAUGUCAUUGAAGUAGCCUUUAUCAAGGAUAGAAAAACAGGCGAGCAACAAGGAUGUUGUUUUGUUAAAUAUGCAACUUCCGAUGAGGCCGAUAGAGCCAUCAGGGCUUUACAUAAUCGAUAUACUUUACCUGGAGGAACAGGACCUAUUCAGGUAAGAUAUGCCGAUGGAGACAGAAAUCAUCCUGGUGCUGCUGAUGACAAAUUAUUUGUUGCAUCGCUGAACAAGCAAGCUACUGCAAAGGAGAUUGAGGAUAUUUUUUCUCCAUAUGGACGAGUUGAAGAUGUCUACAUAAUGAGAGAUGCAUUAAAUCAAAAUCGUGGUUGUGGCUUUGUUAAAUUCUCAAAUAGAGAGAUGGCAGCUGCAGCUUUGAAUGCUCUUAAUGGAACUUUUGUGAUGAGGGGAUGUGAUCAACCCUUGGUUGUUCGAUUUGCUGAUCCUAAGCGGCCUAGGAGUGCAGACCAGAGGAAUGGACCUGCAUUUGGUGGACCUGGUCUUAGUCCUCGAUCUGAUGCAACAUUAGUUAUCAGGCCAACAGCUAAUCUGGAUGAACCAAGAAAUGGGAGUAAAACAGUUGAUUCUUGGCAGUCACCAAGUCCUGAUUCCUUCAGUCCAGCUUCCCAGUCUAAUCCAUAUGGAUGUGGAGCUACCUUGCAAGUCAAAGGUGGCCCCAUUGCAAUGACUUCAGAUCCUGGUAUUUAUGGACCAACUGCUGUUUCGAAUACUGGGUCAGUCUCAAGUCUUUCAGUGCCACCAUCACAGCAGGGAUUCAAUCCUUCAAUGGCAGCAGUCCCUUCAUUUGGUGCCCAGCAAAUAUCACCAUUGCAGAAGCCAAUGAUAAACCCACGAAACUUCCCAUUGCCUCUCAAGCUGCAGUCCCAGCAAGGGCCUGCUUCCCGCAUACAUUUGUUUAAUUUUCAGGAACCUCCACAGCACCUUGGACAGCUUCAACUUCCUCAAUCCGGUGGCUUAUCCUCGAACCAAGACAUACCAUCACAGCAGUUACCUGGAUUGAGUGGGCAAACAUCCUCACAGCCUUUACAUCCACAAAAAGCCUCUUCUAUAGUCCUGCAAGCUCCUUUUAGCCUACAAGCACAAGCGAUGCCCACUACUGCUAAUCUUUCACAGUUUCCAGCAUCUAAUGUUACACCUCAAAUGCUUCAGCAACCUAUUCAACAGUUUCCAUCACAAGUACCACAGAUGUUGCUCCAACAACAGGCACAAGCUUUACAAUCUAGCUUCCAAUCAUCUCAACAAGCAAUUUUCCAAUUGCAACAGCAGCUUCAACAAAUGCAACAGCAGCAGCAAGUAUCUGAGGCCUCUAAAUUGCAGUCUGCAUGGGGUGGAUCACAAUCAACAUCAAUUCCUCCUAGCACAGCUGCCAGCGUGCCUGCGUCAGUCAUCACUACAACUGUGUCAACUCUUCCAGUUGCAGUAAAUGCUUCACCUACAGUUUCUAUAACCUGCAAUUGGACAGAGCAUACAUCUCCAGAUGGAUUUAAGUAUUACUAUAAUAAUGUUACUCAAGAGAGUAAGUGGGAGAAGCCUGAAGAAUUGAUUCUAUUUGAGCAACAGCAACAACAGCAGAAAUUGCUUCUGUUGCAGCAGCAGCAGCAGCAACAACAGCAACAACAAAAACUUUCUUUCCAGUUGCUUCCAGCACAAGUUUUGCCAGCCCAACAAGUACAACCUCAAAUGCUGAGGCAACAGUAUCAAGCUUCUGGUGGAGUCCAACCACAUAUGCAAGGGAUUUCAAGCACAAGAUUGGACUUCAAAAUACAAACCUGCAGGUACUUGAUCCAACCAUGAGGCCGAGUAUAAAAGAGCUUUAAAAGGCUUCAGAUCGAGUGUUUCUAAACAUGUAACCAUUAUCGGCUGGCUAUCAAAUGACUGUUCUUGCUGUUUAAUGCCUAUAUUUCUCCUCAAACUUUGCAGUGUACUACUAUUAGCAUUUUGUAAAAGCAAGUAGUGUUGGAUUUAUAUCCCCCCUUUUGAGUAAACUUUUAUUUCUUAGGUCGUCUAUGUUGAUAGUUGGCGAUGCUCUUUGCUCUCACAUGUCGGUAACACGGACCGACUCAUUGCUGUCACAUUUCACUGCCUUCUAUAGGGAAUGUGCCUCAACCUCAUGAAUGGCCUUCAGUACAUUGACCUAAACUAUUCUUACAAAUCAACAAUAAGAGACAUGGUGUUCCUUCUCUUCUUACAAAUCAAUGACCUAAACUAUUCUUCCGUAUAGACUGAAGCAGUUCUUUUUCUCUUGAAACAGGUCUUGGAAGUUUCUUCCUAACUCUUGAGAACCCUCCAAAUUGAUUCCAUCGAAUCCAACAUCAUGAUCCCAUCCAUGUGAAUCUAAAAUCGGUCUCACGGGCAACUGAUCAUGACCUAAUACACAGCGGAAUUGUGUACCAGAUACAAGGUUUCCUGGUCAGCUAACUCAGCAAGGUACACAUUUCUCUGGACUUUGGAUGGGUUUUAGAACUGUGCUUUUGUUAAUAUACGAAUUGGAGGUAGGUUAUCGUAAUCAUCCUCAUCAUUGUCCAAAAUCUCAUCUGUAUCAUCAUCAUCAUCAAUGCCAUCAGCAGUAGCUAAGGAACGGUGAUGAAGUAUAGACGAGAGGAGAUGAGGCAACGAAGGCGACCGACUGCCAUUAGGUGUUAGUUGAAAGCUGUCCUGAAACUUUAGUAGCGAGUUGCAGCACACCACAGCAAUAACUGAGAUAACCACACCUGGUCAUUUGGUUGAACCUUCUCGCCUUGAGUAUUAGUUCCACACAUCGGAUGGUUUUCUACCAGCACAACAGGAGUUUUGAAUUGUGUAUUUGAAACAACCUGACGUAUAUAAUGUUGAAGGAUCAUUGUGCACUUGUGCACAAAAGCAUGGUAAGCGACAUGGAAGCCCUCAUUGUGGCAAA